UGAUUGAAUCCAGCAGCUGGGAGGGUAGAACGGGGGCCCCUGGGCCCUACAGCAGCAGUGAAUAGGCAGCUCGCUCUGGACACCUCUCCUCUCAAACCAAACACACAAACACACCCAUCAGAGUUGCAGUGCAGGCAGAGAGGACAGUGUAAGUAAUAGGAAGAAAGAGUUUCAGACUCUGUGGGUGUUGAGGUCAGCCACACCCACUCAGGACAGAAGAGGACUCCGGGACACUAUUUAACCCCUCCACAAAGACACGACUCUUGAACUGUGCCUACCGCCAUCUUUGUUCCCACUUGGGAGAACAAGGAGCCAAAGCAAAGGCGGUCAAUACGUUACGGAACCAUGCACAAGCGCACCAAGAUCAAGGUGGCCAUCGGGGUGCUGAUGGUUGGCAUGGCCUGCAUGUUUGUGGCGGUGGUGACCGACCACUGGGCUGUGCUGAGCCCCCGCAUGGAGAAGGUAAACGAGACGUGCGAGGCCGCCCACUUUGGCCUGUGGCGGCUGUGCAAGAAGAACAUCUACAUCGGCCCCGAGAACUACAUCGAGGGCCAUGGCUGUGGCCCCAUAAGCCUGCCGGGAGAGGAAAACUGUACGUACUUCAAACACUUCACGCCAGGGGAAGAUGCGGAAAUCUUUGAAUAUAAGACUCAAAAGGAAUACAACAUCUCAGCAGCGGCCAUCUCCAUCUUCAGCCUGGCCUUCAUGAUCCUGGGCACCUUAUGUUUGAUCACCUCCUGCACCGGAAAAGGCGGGAAGGGACGCGACUACCUCCUCAAACCUGCUGGCAUGUUCUACGCAUUUGCAGGCCUGUGUGCGUUCAUCUCCGUGGAGGUGAUGCGCCAGUCAGUGAAGCGCAUGAUCGAGAGCGAGGACACCAUCUGGAUCGAGUACAGCUACGCCUGGUCCUUCGCCUGUGCCUGCUCCGCCUUCGUCCUCCUCUUCCUCUCCGGCCUGGCCCUCCUACUCCUCUCCAUGCCCCAGAUGCCCCGCAACCCCUGGGAGACCUGCAUGGACGCCGAGCCCGAGCAGAUGGAGUGAGGCUGGGGGAGAGGAUAAGCCGAGGGGGGGCGGUGAUGAGACGGCCUGACGGCUGCAGAGCUCCUUGCACCACAAAGCCCCUGUCUCAGCAGGACAUGGACUAGAGGGGAAUGGAUAUGAAUGACACCCAGUCAGUAAUUUUUUAAAAGCAUAAACCAACCCGAUUGGUUGGUGAAAAGGGUGCGGUGAUGUCAUGUGUACCCUCAUCUUGUCCUGUGUUUGUAAAGCUGUUCCUCCAGAGACCUGCAGCUGGUUGCACCAGCAGAACGUAAGGUCCCACUUAGGCUACGUUGAACGUAAAUCACCCAAACGUUCGACUUUACACUCUACUAAAAAAAUAUCAGUUGCACCAAGCAGAUAGUUUCAACGUAACACUAAGUUAUAACUUAUCUUUUACACCUCCCCUCUAGCUGGUGUAAGUUCCAUACUAACGAUAUAGAACCGUUAAAAGAAAAAAACGUAAAAAGAUUUCAACACUAAGGCAGGGUAAAGAUGGCUAUUCGUUUUGAGCAAUGG